AUGUAUCUGACGCGAGUCGAAGGAUUGGCUCAAACGUUACGGCUUAGUCGAUUCACUGCCAGUAGCCAUCUGAUUGAAGCCGUCACCUCUCCGUGCCUUCUGGCCGAUGAAAAUUUCAUGGCUCUAAAUUCGGAAGUGGCACCACAGCACACCUACACCGAGCUCACCUACGUCACCCAAUCUGAUUACCACUACUGGCAUGAGCGCGAUUGGUUUGUUGAUGAUCGAAUGCUGGCUCUCCUUCGACACUCCGCAAUCACCUAUCCCAGCCUGAUCCACACUUUCUUCUCUCCAGACCAUGGACCUGACACCAUCGUCUUUCCAAACGGUGCCUUUUUCGACCGGACAGCACACGCUGAUGACGUUAGUGCAGCUUCAAAACCAAGAUUAAGCGAAGGAAGAAGCGCUAUCACGAAUGCACUGUAUCGCUAUAUGUUACGCAAGAGAGACGCUGAAGAGGCUGGUGACAGGUAUGCAAAAGUUUAG